AUGGAGUUAGGUCUUGUCACUGCGCAGGACAGCACCGGAAACACCUCAGAGCUCCUACUCAAUACUGCCACUAGUCCAGUCCUCGGUCACUAUGCCGCCGAUACCUCCAACACUGUUCGCGAGUACCUUGGGAUACCCUACGCAACGCCACCCGUCGGUCCUCUGCGAUGGAGAGCACCAGUUCGCGCUCGUCGGUGGGCGAGGACUUUUAACGCCUCUACGUUUGGAGCGACUUGCUACAACACCGGAUUGAGCCUUCCCAUUGAUAGCGGAGCUGGGGCGAACAGUACCAGCCCCAUUCAGCUGCCGAACCCGCCGGUAGAGAGCGAAGACUGUUUGUCGAUUAACGUGUGGGCUCCGGGCAAUUCGAGGCUGCGGAGUAAUGGAGCGGCAGUACUGCUGUGGAUUCAUGGAGGAGGAUUCGUGCUUGGUGGAAGCUUCACACCGUUUUACAGCGGGGCCAAUAUCGUCCGCGACCAGACCAAUGUUAUUGUUGUUUCAUUUAACUACCGCCUGAACGCCUUCGGUUUUCCAAAUGCGCCUGGCCUCCCUCCGACACAACGAAACCUCGGCCUCCUGAAUGUUCGUGCCGCCGUCGAAUGGACGCAUAGAAACAUUGCCCGCUUCGGAGGCUCACCUAGCCGAAUCACUCUUUUUGGUUAA